GUAGCUGGUGAUGCUGGAACAAACAUGGCAGUCCCGGUGCCCGUCAGCUGCUCGGGCCCCUACUGUCUACGACUGCUAUCACUGCUGGCGUUCCUGGAGCUGCUGGUCGACCCCGGCUUGGGCCGCGUCCACCACCUGGCGCUCAAAGAUGACGUGAGGCAUAAAGUCCAUCUGAACACCUUUGGCUUCUUCAGGGACGGGUACAUGGUGGUCAACGUCAGCAGCCUGUCUGUGAACGAGCCCAAGGGAGCCGCGGGCACAGGCACCGAGAUCGGAUUCAGUCUAGAUCGGACCAAGAACGAUGGCUUUUCUUCUUAUCUGGAUGAAGAUGCCAGUUACUGUAUUUUAAAAAAGCAGUUUAUGUCGUCCGUCACCCUUCUCAUCUUAAACAUCUCUGGAAGCGUAGUCAAGGUCAGAGCCCCACCAGAAGCUGGCACCCAGUUACCAAAGAUCGUCUUCAGCAAGGAUGAGAAAGUCCAGGGUCAGAGCCAGGAGCCUGUCGUCAGCUCUGUCCCCGAAGUCAGCAAGGUUCAGAGAGCCCAAGAUGGUUCGAAGGCUAGAAGUACAGUGGAUUCAAAGGCAACAGCAGAGACAUCUGUCUCAAUUCAUAAGAAUGAUGGGGCAGUUUCGUUUCAGUUCUUUUUUAACAUCAGCACUGAUGACCAGGAAGGCCUAUACAGUCUUUACUUCCACAAGUGCCCAAGCAAGAAACCUACUGAGGAGGUGUCCUUCAGCCUGAAUAUUGUCAUCACUGAGAAGAACCCUGACAGCUUCCUCUCUGCUGGGGAGAUUCCUCUCCCCAAACUGUACGUUUCCAUGGCCUUGUUCUUCUUCCUUUCUGGGACCAUCUGGAUUCAUAUCCUUCGGAAGCGAAGGAAUGAUGUGUUUAAAAUUCACUGGUUGAUGGCGGCCCUUCCUUUCACCAAGUCUCUUUCUUUGGUGUUCCAUGCAAUCGACUACCACUACAUCUCCUCGCAGGGCUUCCCGAUUGAAGGCUGGGCUGUUGUGUACUACAUAACUCAUCUUCUGAAGGGGGCGCUGCUGUUCAUCACCAUCGCUCUCAUCGGCACUGGCUGGGCCUUCAUCAAGCACAUCUUGUCUGAUAAAGACAAGAAGAUCUUCAUGAUCGUCAUCCCGCUGCAGGUGCUGGCAAAUGUGGCCUACAUCAUCAUAGAGUCUACGGAGGAAGGCACGACGGAGUACGGCUUGUGGAAGGACUCUCUGUUCCUGGUUGACCUGCUGUGCUGCGGGGCCAUCCUCUUCCCAGUGGUGUGGUCAAUCAGACAUUUACAAGAAGCCUCAGCCACAGAUGGAAAAGCUGCCAUUAACUUAGCAAAGCUGAAGCUUUUCAGACAUUACUACGUCUUGAUCGUGUGCUACAUUUACUUCACCAGGAUCAUCGCCUUCCUUCUCAAGUUUGCCGUUCCAUUCCAGUGGAAGUGGCUCUACCAGCUGCUGGAUGAAACAGCCACACUGGUGUUCUUUGUCCUGACGGGGUAUAAAUUCCGCCCGGCUUCAGAUAACCCCUACCUGCAGCUCUCUCAGGAGGAAGAUGACCUGGAGAUGGAGUCUGUAGUGACAGCAUCAGGAGUGAUGGAGAACAUGAAGAAAGUCAGGAAAGUGACCAACGGUUCUGUGGAGCCCCAGGGUGACUGGGAGUGCACUGCGUGAUGGGCCCCGCUCUGAGGAUGCACUGUCAAUGAGAACAGCCUAGCCACAGCCCUGUCGUGAGCAAGCGUCUUCCUGACAGUGUGGCAUCUCCCAACAGUGACACUCCAUACCCACAGCACAGCUCAGUGCAUGGACACCUACUUAUGUACUCUUAGAAAACCUGAUUGUGGUGGGCUCCAGGCAGCUAGGACUGUCCCUCAGGGAGGGUAGGAGCAGAGAGGAGGGGGUAAAGGAGAGUCCAUCUGGGGUCUCCACAGGGGAACCCCCAGUGGCUGCCACUCAGAACGGCUGUGGUGGUGGGAAGGGCAGGCUGCUGCUGCUCACAGGGCUUUGGAGGCUGAGGGUGUGGCUUACUGCUUGGCCAAGCCUUCAUGAGGCUUGGGUUCAAUCCUGGUACCAGGGUGGGGGGAAAGAAGUUACUUUGGGAUGUAGGCAGAUGUCUGUCUACCAAGAACACAAAGAAGAGAGAGAUUGCCUUUGGGGAGCAACAGCAACAGAAAUGAAUGGAAUUACUUUCGAAAGCCAAAUAGUCACCCUAGGUGGUUUGAAGCACCUGUCCCGGGCCACUGGCCCCAAGCACCACUCUAAGUGUUGUCCCCUCUUCUAAUGGUGACCUAGAACAGCGUGGUGCUAGAGACCAGCUGAGAGGGCCCAUUGCAUUGCUGUCCAGGCCACUGCCAGCACCGCAGCCCUGUUGGUGAAAUGGUUGUCUCUAGCAUGUGUGAAGGGGAGAGGAGCCUUGAGGCUCCAGAAGUGCUCUCCAGGCUCCAGGCCCUUCCUUUCCUUCCCCCUGUGUCUUCUGAUCAGCGUCAAAGAAAACAGGGGAGUGUUCCUUAAGGAGUCGCUGGGGGCCAGAAGGGCUGCAGCUAAGCAAAUACUUAGGAAAGACUUGUUCCACAUCUUGCAUGGGCCAGGCAGGGACUUCUGAGCCCCAACCACAUAUUCCUAGCAUGUGUGAAGGAAGUGAGCACAGUUGAGCUGCUCAUGCUCAGGGACCUGAGGCAGCAAGGUCUGUUCAGAGCCUGGGCAGGAAACCAGCGGCUGCCUGCAUGGGACAGUGCUGAAGCAGAGGAGACCUUGGAAGCCAUGUGACCCAGGGCACAGGCGACCAGCUCAGCACCUGAAAGCGACUUAGUGCCCACGACUGGUCAGUGAGUCACAACUUCAAGGAACGGGCUCUCCAGGGUGACAGCUACUACCUCCCAUUUGCCUUCAGCAAGAAGCCACCUCUUCUACUGUCCAGGGAUGAACAGGUCCCUCUCCACCACAGCUGGUCUAUCUGGAGAAAGGUUGCUAGGCCUGAAGGACUCCCUUAAGGGACCUUUUCCUCCUUUUUUGUUUUGGUCUUGUUUAUUUGUUUAAGGUAUGUGAUGGGAAGGGAGUUGGAGAGGAGAUGGGGAUAGUUUUAAAUGCUUUCUUUUCUGCACAUAAGAGCUCGGCCAGCCCUGCAGAAGCUUGUUCCUGUGGUGACAUCUAAGCCUGGCCCUCAGAGGGCAGGCUGCUGCUUCCCUGCAGAAGACAUUGUUGAGUAGGUGCUAGACUCACAGAAGGUGAGGGCCUCCCCAGGCAGGGUUUUUAUGAGGGGCCUCAGUUGCUGGGUUUUAAUAAAACUGUUCAGUGGCAAGAGCAAGAGGGGAACUGUGUACCGCUUAGCCCACCGGCCUCGCUGAGUGACUACAGCCUGCUUCUUCCACAGCGUGGGUGCACAGGCGGGAAGGUGGGAAGUCUGGAAUGAUAGGAUCAAAAGCCUAACAAGGAGCUGGGAAGACUGGCCCAGAGAGCCCAGGCCGUGGAAAGGGAACUUGUAGCUCUUUAUCCUGCACUGUAAAUGUGUCUCAUCUCCCUAUCUUGAGAGCUGUGAGCCAGCAUUCAGCGGUGUCCUUGGGUAGAGGAGUCUGGUUGGAGUCCAGUGCUGCCCAGUUGCCCCAGCUCACCAGUAGCAGCUUGAGUCUCAGCCCACCUGGCUGCAUACAAACCGUGCUUGAACGGUGAAGCCCUUGUGUUGGAGAGACUGAGCAAAAAUGGGGUGCACAUUGCACUGCCACUGUGGUAUUAUAGCCCUACUUUCUGUCCCCCACCUCUGCCUCUGCCUGUGUGAGGUGUCCAUGCUACCUUUAAGAGUGCUGUGGACUGGAAGCUGUAGGUUGUGACAUUUAAUAAAGUGUGGAUUUUGUUAGAAAAUUAUUUUUUGACCAUCAGGAGCAAGUGUUAGGCUCUGAGUCCUGGUUCUUAACAGUGUCAAGGACUCAGUCAGCUCUUACAUUUGACCAAUAGAGUUCUCUGUUCAUUCUCUCUGGAGGAACAGCUUACUCCAGGGUCAGAGAUCCUGCCUCACACCAGGUCUAUGUCUGUCCAGUUUUCCUUCAGAAACCACUUCGGAAUAAAUGCCUACGUGUCUCUACUCUCCAACCUCUGCCUGCUCAGCCAGCCAGGGCCGCACAGCUCCUGAGGUGCUUGUGGGCUUUCUGCUCUUCUUGACCCUUCGGUCUUCCUUCCCCUCCUCUUCUCUCCCCUCCUUCUCCUUUCCCUUACCCCUGCACCACUGCCCCACCCUGGCGACCUUGCUUUCCCAUUGACUCCCUUAGCCAUCCCUGCAUACUGGCUGCAGGUCUGGUACACUGCAGCAUUGUCUGCUGCAGCCGGCUGCAGGGUACGCUUUCUGCCCCGAGAGCGCUAACUAUGCAAACUAACACUGGAUUGCUGCUCUGUAUCACAUGGUGGGCUCCUCAUACCUCAAUGCCUGUUGGCUCUUGGAGUGGAGUCCAAAGCCUUCGCAGAAGGGGAAGCACGUCAGAUUUCUGUGUUUAUUUUCAGUGGCCUCUGGUCACCUCCCAUGUCUAUCCCAAAGUGUGUUCCUCGAGGAAGCGUUAGUCUGAUGAGGUUGCUGGCCCAGUUCCGCAUACCCAAGAGGACAGCUGAGCACUUCAGCCUCCCCUUCCAAGCUGCUGAUCCUCACAGGAAGAUCCUAGCCCCCCGGCCCCAGCCCUGCUUUCACAUGCCACUGCCCACCUCAGCUUGUGCUGGCUGUGGCUUGCCUAGGCCCAGCAUAUCAUGGUGCCGCCCAGCGACCCACCCUGCCCACUGCUGCUGCCUCUCCUCUCUAGAGUUGGGUGAGGACUUUAUUCGUAUCCGUUGGCUGAAAAGGUGUUAAUUUAGAACAGGCCAGUGUUCUCAAAGAUCUGCCCUUUACUGCAGCUUUCCAAGGCCGCCCUGGUAUAAAACUGUAAAAUACAUUCAUAGGAGUCUUUCUUAUACGUGUACCACCUAGAAUGUGUUCACAGGUCGUAGGCCAAGGAGUCUCCCAAUUCCCCCGGGGCCUCUUCUGUCCUGUAGGAUGUGUUUCAUGCUUUAAAAACAUAAAUUGGGGCUGGAGAGAUGGCUCAGAGGUUAAGAGCACUGCUGCUCUUCCAGAGGACCUGAGUUCAAUUCCCAGCCACCACAUGGUGGCUCACAACCAUCUGUAAUGAGAUCUGGUGCCCUCUUCUGAGCUGCAGGCAUACAUGCAGACAGAACACUGUAUACAUAAUGAAUAAAUAAAUCUUUUAUUAAAAAAAAUCAUAAAUUUAGGUGGCCCUCUACCUGGGCCGGGGCCCACUUCCCUGCUUCCCAGCACUAUAAAGAGACUUCACCGAGGGACGGAACCAUGUUAUGUCGGGAUCUGGCAUGAUUCUGACAACAAGGAGAUUGCAGAUAGGCCACUGGGGAGGGCACACGAGUCCCUGGUGUGUCUGUAAAGAGCAAAGUGAGACAGAUUCACUCCCAUGACAGGAUGCUGAGUCUGUGCCAAGCCUUAGCAUCCAUGCACUGCCUCCCUCUGCAGAGGGCCAGAUAGCCUGUCCACACAAGAGAGCUUUCUGAUUCCUAGGCAGCUUUUCUAGAUGACCCAAAUAAUAGGCCGAAUAACCCAGAGGACUUAUCUGCAGGAGGUCUUACGGGCCUUUGUGCCUGUUCAAGUUGGGAUGCAGGGGCUGGGGCCACUUAGUAAUUGUAGCAUUAACCAUUGGCUAUUUACAAGCAUGGGGUAUGGAUGUGUUCAGGAUUGGUGGGCUGGCCACUAGUAUGGAGGCAUUUCACUGCAAAGCAAACAUGUCCAAUAAAGAUUCCAUGCUGGA